GCUACUUUAUUUUCUAACACUUUGGGUGUGUUAAUUCAAGAAAGGCUUGGGGCCAGAUUUGGACUGAACAAAGAGUUCAAGUGCCGAAGGUAAGAGUCAUGGAUAUGUCGAUCAAGGUAUUUUAACGUUCCAGAUUGUUUUAUAUGUUUUAGGUCACACGCCAUAAGGGGUCAGUGAGUGCAACCGCCCACAAUGUUCAGAAGUGACAAGAGAGUAAAGAAAAUUGCGUACGUACCGUAAGUACAAAAGAAUUAGGUAUCCUGCAAAUUACAAAGAAAUUACAUUACCAUUCACCAAAGCUAAAACGAGUUUCAAGCUUGUUAUGUUUCCCGGAUACUCCCAACGCUUGAAAACGACUCGCCGACGAGUGAAUGGAUCGUGAUUGGACCAUAGUUAUUCCAGUUACAACGCCGACGUACUAGACUUGUUUCGCUAAUCAAUCUUCAGUUUAUACUAAUCAAUUGCCUUGUAAGCUGUCAUUUCAUUGAAAACAGGUGGAAUACUCUAGAAAACACUCGAGAUUCCUUAAGGUGGCGAGAGGCGAUUACAAGAAUCAAGGCCUUUGACUUUUGUUCAGUGGUUUCUGGUAAGUCUUUAAGUUUGUCAGUGGAAUAAAGCCACGUCGAACAAGACAGAAGCAACAGAAAGGCCUUCAUUACAAUGGCUUCAAUUAUCAUUCAGUUUUCGCAGAAGUAUUUCACUCAGAUCAGAAAAUCCAAAUUGUCUUAGCAGUGCAAUGAAGUUUAUCUCUGUAGUAAGAGAUCUGGAACUGCUCACAUGAUUCCCGUUUUAAAAGAGCAUUUAAAACUAAAAAAAUUCCAAACGUUUCUCUUUAAAGCAUGUUUUAAUCCAGUAGUUUUGUUGCUUUUGGCAGCAUUUUCCAUAUAUUUUUUCCGAGAACCUAAUUGGAAUUCUCGGUGCCGGUGAUUUGAAUGUAUUGAAUUCUCAAAGACAGCCAAAGUGAAAAAUGUCACAAAAGUUCCAGAUUUUCUGGGGGUAAAAUAAUAAGAUUUGAAUAGAACUAUUCGAAAGUUCUGCUUAGGGAGGUUUCAUUUGGAUGGCAACAUCGGAGGAUUUCUCCCAAAUGUUAAAACGUUAGAGUGAAAAAUCAUACAUCUCGCCAUAACUUAGUCUUGUAGCGACAGGAAAUCUUUUCAAUGAUUUUCAUGGGGAACGGAAACAAUCGCUUGCAUUGUCUCAACGCCUCUUGUUUUCUAGAACUCUUUUACUUAGUCUACUUAGGUCACCCCAAGGAGUACAGGAGCUCAGAAAGCUGUCAAGAAGUCUCCACUUGUGAUCCAUGGGACAUUAAAGGAGGCCUCAAAGCAGAGGUAUGUACGAGAUAGAAAAGUAAUCACUCUUGAAUGGUGAUAGAAACGCAAGAAUAGUGGAUGAGAAAGACUACAAUCCUAAUAAAGAGUGCAUGGAAAAUACAUUUGUAUUAAAAAGGACAAGUGCAAACAAACAAAAGAAGAAAACGUUAAGAUGAAAAGGACAUGUCAAAGAACAACAUACGGAAAUUACCCAUUUUUUAAAAUUUUAAAAUGCUUCGACGGGACUCCAUUUUAACCCCAGUUGUAAACUGAGAUUUGGACUGCCAGCCCUUAAAUGUGUUUCGCAGAUAAGGAUUAUCACGACGACAUAAGUGGAGCAGGAAUAAAAUUGCAACGAAAUCAAAGAAAAGACAAAAAAUGAUUACAAAUAUCGUCCAAUGAAAGUUUUUCCGAUGAAAAGGGAUUUAUUUAAAACUGAUGUUUUUUGUUUGUUUGUAUGUUUCAACAGCUACAAAGGAAGGAGCAAACCGCCUUGACUGCGCAUGACUGA